UUCCACCAGUGGUGGCGCCACUCUGUUUGUACUCAUACUGUCAAACCAUAAACAAAAAAGUUGCCUCCAAAGAACAUCCCGCUCUGACCAGAAUCUACAAUAAGGAUAAUUAUAAAACAAGAAAAAUGCGAUCCAGAUCAAUGGCAGGCUCUGCCGGCUCACAGGCGGCGUCGCACAUUGGCAGCAAAGUUCCAACGCGCUCAUCGGCCGCACACAGCCGUGUUUCUGGCGCCGGUGCAUCAAUCAAGGAAGGAAGCGUGCGGCAGCGAACCGCUCCGCCAAAAAACGACUACGAGAAGUACUAUGAGAAUGUUUUUCUUGGAGAUGACAGUGAUCCAGAGAGUCAGGGAACGUCAAAUUCUCAGCAGUCGGAGCCAUCAAGGAAGCGGUCGUUGCACGCGAUGCUAAGAGAGGAGCCUCAACGGCCGAAAGUGGGUCGCCCUCGUAAGAUUCCCAUCCUCCUAGAACCCUACCCAGAACAGCCAAAGGACGCGGUCAUCCGGCAGAUCAACGGAGAUCCAUUGCCAGUCAAACGCCAGUUUGUCCACCAAGCUACUACCUACGCGCGAUGUCGGACGGAUAAAUUAGGACAACAGCUUUAUACAAAGACAGAAAGGCACGUUUGGAAGAAGGAGGCCAUUCAAAUGUUCCUCCAGCUGUGGGCGCACUAUAUAAAGGAUCUCCGUGGUCCGACGAAGAACUGCGUUGUCUACAGAGAAAUGGAGAAGCAGAUGAGCGAGUUUGGACCAAGCCACUUUGAAAUUAAAACUAAGAUGGACAAUAUGUCCCGAAAAUAUCGGCUGGAAGCAGAGAAAGUGAGGGAAACUGGGCAGCCAUCAACUUGGGAAUAUUUCCAUAGAAUACAGUCUCUUCUAAUUGGUACUAAAUCCGUAGACGUAUUUGAGGAAAUCAUGUUCGAAAACAAAGUGCCAACCAAUUUAUCCCCAGAACUAGAAUCAGAUGAUGAUUUAGAUUCUAUAAAAGAAGAAGUAGAUGUAGAUCACUCCGUUAAUGAGGCCCACAAUUUCAAAGAUGCGCAUGAAAGCAGCUUAGAAAGAAGUAUAAAAAAUUCACCAGUUGCCUCCCCCGAAUUCGAAGAACCCGCUGAUGAAGACGAGGAGGAGGAAGAGGAACCAGAGCAGGAUGAGGAGCACGAGCAGGAACAGGACAUGACGGUCGAUCUAGAGGAUCAGUAUGAAGAAGAUCUUCCAGAGGAUCAGUCAGAAAAGCACGUUUCGCGAUCCCAAGCAAUGAAAUAUCGCUCGGACCGACUGUUACAAAUAGAAGAGGAGAAAUUGUCAAUAGAACGAGAAAAGCUGCAAGUUAUGAAGGACGCACUUAAAGAACUAACUUCAUUUCACAAAGAUUUAAUAGUUUUAUUCAGACAAAAAAGAACGUAAACUUUUUUUAAUUAA